AUCAUGCAAAGCCUUCCAAACCACCCUAAGUGAAACAAAUGACUACGCUGGGCAGCAUGAGGUCAUUUCCGAGAACAUGACAUCACAGAUAACGGCAGAGUUAACGCGCUUCGUGCAGGAGCUUAAACAGGAGAGAAAAUCGAACUUCCAUGAAGGGUCGCAAGGCGCAGCAGCACAUGGAGACAUGCUGGAAGCAGCUGGAAGCGAGCAAAAGAAGGUUUGAGAGGGAUUGCAAGGAGGCAGACCGGGCGCAGCAGUACUUCGAGAAAAUGGACGCGGAUAUUAACGUGACAAAAGCAGAUGUCGAAAAAAAUCGUCUGGCAGUUGUGAGGUGCAUGGCUGCAGCCGGCGGGGCCAUAAUGCCCAAGCACGAACAGAUCCUCAUCCUUGACCCGCCCAACGAGCUCAAAUUCAGAGGUCCGUUUACGGAUGUUGUCACCACAAAUCUCAAGCUUCGAAAUCCAUCAGAAAGAAAAGUGUGUUUCAAGGUGAAAACUACAGCCCCCCGACGUUACUGUGUGCGACCAAAUGCGGUACAAUAGACCCUGGGGCUACAGUAACGGUCUCUGUAAUGCUACAGCCCUUCGACUAUGACCCAAAUGAAAAGAGUAAACAUAAGUUAAUGGUACAGACAAUAUUUGCACCGUCAAAUACAUCAGAUAUGGAAGCCGUGUGGAAAGACGCAAAGCC